CACAGACAUCGGCAACCUGUUGGCUGGCCUGACUGUAUGCAUCCUGAUGAUCGCGACGGACCUGCAUACCCCACCAGAGCUACAGCUCUGGCCGACUGCUACCUUUGCUCUUGCUUGUGGCUGUACGCUGCUUACCUGCGGUGUCGCUGCUGAUGUGCUGGGCUGCCGACGGGUAUAUCGGCUCGGUGGGCUGUUUCAAAUCGCCAGUGCCUUGGGUGCUGGACUUGUCGUCACGUCAACGCAGCUAAUUGUGCUGCGGGUUAUGGUAGGCCUCGCUGUUACCGAGCUCUGUUGGUUUCGCUGCGCAUUUUUCCCUGCCAACAGCAGCCCGCGUCGCCGCAGUAUCGCCUUUGCAGCCACGGGUUGGGACAUCGUUUAAAAGCAUCUGCCUCGCGGUUCUCUCAUAUGACCUGACUGUGGCUACUGAAUCAGAUGCUGAACACAACAUGCACGAACCCCUUAACCUUGUUUGGUCUGUAUAGCAUUCGCUCUUAUACCGGCAUUCGCCCUG